AACAUUUAAGCUCUCACCUUAAACAUAUGUGAAUAAUUUACGGAAGCAGGAGGCGAAGUAAACUAAUCAAGAGAAUAUGACAAAGAUUCCUUUGAAUGACACAGAAUUUGAAUAUCUAAGAACUACACUUAUAUCAGAAUCAACAAGUGUUUCAGAUAAAUUUGAUAAGCUGUAUUAUUCUAAAGGAUACCUUACAGGAAGGCAGGCUGCUGCCAUUUUAGCUUGUUAUAAAACAGCUCCAGAAAGAGUCCGGGUGAUAAAAGCUUUACAAAAAAGAUUAUGCCGUAUGACAUGUGCUGAAGCAAUUGAAAUAUUAAAUAUUUUACAAUCAACCAAUUAUGAUCGAUUAUUUGCAUUAGACUGCAUUAAACAUACAUUAGUUGAUCAUGAAACAACUGACGGCAUUGAAUAUAUCUUGAAAGCUUUUGUUUAUGAAACUGACAAAUUGAAAGCCUUACAAAUAUUGUCAACUGUAAUGUUUUAGAUUAUUUUGUUUUACAAAUGAUAUAAUUACUUUUUAUUUAUUUAUAUCUACACACAUAUAGGUUAGUAUGUAUGUUAGAAAAGAGUUAGCCAGUGGUGGACAUCAAGUUUAUGCACCAUUUGGUGGUCUUUAUACCCAAAGCUUUCCAGGUUGUGAGGCCCUCUAUGGACCAGUUAGUGAACAAAUGGCUCUCAAAGAUCAUUUAGUAAAGCCUUCCCUUCCAGUAACAGUAAAUAUACAUCCAUCACUGUCAAUAUUUCAUUCAUCACCAUCAUAUAAAUAUAUAGGUGAUUUAAACCGUUCAUGGUACCCCGGUGGUGGCAGACCACCUUUACCACCAACAAUGGCGGAACAUGUUAAAAUAGGUCCACCAAAACAAGUAGCUGAAAGUGAGCCGGGUUUUCUCGAAAAAUCCCCCAACUUCCAUGAUAACAAUGCUAAUAAUACCAAUAACGUAUGUUUAACUGCUGAAUAAUUUUAUAAAAGCAAAUAAAUCGUCAUCUAUUUGUAAGCAGGCAGAAACUGAUUGUCGUUUUUAAUAUUAUUUUAUUACACAUUGAUUUUUUUAUCCAUUGUGAAACCAGUUGGAAGGAAAUGAAUUUUUCACACUUGCGAUUAUUAGAUAAAUGCAAGUCGUAAGUAAUUAAACAUUUUUUCCAUCUGAAAGAACCAGACUUCUUUGCUUAAAUUAGACAUAAAAUAUGACAUUCAAAAGGAUUAUUGAUAUUUUUGCUCACAAUUUUGUAAGAAUAUACAAUUGAAUAUAUAUGAUCAAUCAGUAUUUUACUAUUGAAGAAUAUGAGAUGUAGAUUUUUAAACUUUUUCUUCAUGGGUUAGUUAACUAUCAUAAGAAAAAAACAAUAAAUAAUUACUGAUAAAA